GUUGUUGCUGUCUUGCUACACGUGCGCUGUUUUUGUGUGGAAGCAUACACAAAGAUGCGUUUCUUUCUUAGUGAUUUGCCGACCAGGACAACAGAGGAGGAUCUGAGAGCGUUGUUCCAGGACUAUGGCGAUGUGGAGCAUGUAGAGCUGAAGACAAAAGAGCAACUUGUAGAUUCUGGACAAAGCAACAACAAAGUUAUAGCCUUUGUCACAGUUCAGACGGAGGAUGCCGAUUACUGCGUCAAUGAGCUCAACUGGCAAAGGUUGCACGGAACCAAUCUGCGUGUAUCGAUCGCCAAGGAGUCUUUCCUAGAUCGUCUCAAACGCGAGCGCGAGGAGGACCGGCAAAAAGAGCAAACACAGUCCAAUGUCGGCGAGUUAAAUACGAGCAGAUCGCGUUUGCUUGCGCAGAACACGCAGAACAAGCGACGCGUCUUUGGCGAAAACGAGGAGAUCAAUGAUGAGGAUGUGGCGCCCGAGCUGCUGAUAACCAAGAAGCGUGCCGCACAUUCUAUGCACAAUGGCAAAAUUGUCAUCCAGAAGGAGCAUGAUGUGAAGCCGCUGCACAUUAUAGAGCAGCACAAAAAGCCUAGCAGUAAGUCUCUGGAUGCUCAGGCCUCUAUAGCGGAUUUGAAGCGCAAGGAGUCGCUUAACAAAAUGCAGCAGCAGCAUCAGCAGAAGAAAUCUGCCAUACAACAGGCAUUAGCCUUCAUGGACGCUGGGCAGGCCAAGCGCAUCAAAUUCAGCGAUGCCGAGGAGGAGGAUGAAGUGGAGCAAACACACAAACAAAAAGCGAAACAUGUCAAGAAAGAUCUCUUCGAGGAUAACGAUGAUGAGGAAGAGGAGAUUGUGCUUCCCCAGCAUAGUGGCAAAAAGGGCGAACGCCUGGUGGAAAUGCAAAGUAAACAGAGCUUGGAUCCCAGAUUUCGUAUAACAGCCAACUUUGUGGGCGAAGAGGCGGACGCGGAAGCAGACGAAUAUGUAGAUCAGGACGAGCAAAAACAGAAGCAGGAGCAGCCACAGGAGGACGAACGUAACUGGCAAAUGGGAAUUUUAGAGCAGGUUAUUGGACGCAAAAUAGACACGGUCAAUGCGCCCGGUAAGAAAGCAUCCAAUAAUAAGAAAAUGUUACGCUUUGAUCCCGCCAAAGAAGAGCACCAGAAGCUGGUGCGUGUCAAGUCGAACAAGGACCAGCAGCGGCAGCAGCCGAAGGCGCCAUUAGCUAACAGCGAGGACGCCCCCACGCCAGCACCAGUCUCGCAGAGCGCCUUUUAUAUGGUCACCGACACGUUGAAGCAGUCGCUUAAAACGCGCGGCGAAGGUUUCAGUUUGCUGGAAAUGUUUUCUAGCAGUCACGAGGACGCUGUGGUCAAGCGGCAGGAUCAGCUGGAGAAGCUAAGCCACGAGAAGAUUCUGGUUAACAAGUCUAACAAACUGGGCCUGGGCAAUGUGAAUCCAUUCAGUUAUGAUUCCUCCGACACCGAAGACGAGGAAUCAGCAAACACAAAGGAGAAUCAGUUGGGGGCCAAUGAAAAUACCGCACCCGCCAAGAAGCAGGGCAAGCAGAAGCAAAAGAAGCCGCAAAUCUUUAUUGAAUCCUUCUUUAUACCCAAGAACGAUAUCAGACUUAAAGAAGGCGCCAAAUUCUUCAAGUCCAGCAAACCGGAACUUGACAAUGACAAUUACGAUAAUGUUAAGAAGCGCCUCAAGUUCCUCAUUACCAAGAAAAUUGCGAAAACGAACAAAAAUAACCCCCGAAAGGUUGUCAAGAAAAACAGGAUUAACAAGAAAGAACGGCUAUCUUAGGCAAACGGAUGAUUACAUUUCAAUUUCCAGAGUUAAAUAUAUUAUAACGUCUUGAACGUUUCAAACAAAUUUUA